CACCUGUCGUGCACAGUUCGUAAAGUUCCUCUGGACGAACGAUGCCCAAAACCUGAUGUCCGAAUACGCAACAUGCUAAAACUAACCCAUUUUCAUCCACCUGAUUGUGAAUGCUCGUAGAUUGAACGCAGAAACCACACAGUAAACAUCAGUUCGUCGGAUGGCGCAAAAACUCGCGAGAGUUAAAUUUCGGCGCCAAAGCUGAUGAAUGGCGGGGGAUUCUUUGUUUCCGCCUUCUCUUUUUCUACUUCGGCGUCAAAUAGAAGUUCUGUUUUCUAUUUAUUUAGUCAUGGAACGGCGUCGUUAGUACCUUUCUUUUAUUUUCAACCCGACCCGGCAUGGCCGUCGGCCGGGUUUAGCACAGGUAAAGAGUGAAGACCGUCAGAGAACUGAACUUCAAUCGAUAACCCAGGCUAAGAAGGCGGCAUUGCAACUAAACAUCACAGCACUAAUAGUACGCAUUUGCAGUCCCUUCCAUGAGCUUGAAAUCCGGUUUAGCAAGCUUCUUCCUCCUCCAAUUCGGAAGUCUUUCUUCUUCGACUUCGACAUCGACCGCUGUUCGUCGUUGUAAUUUCGGUCAUCUUCGUCCAGUUCCUCCCAGUAAACGCGCGUUUACCUGCUUGGCAACUUCUUCACCACAAUCAGCCGAAAAGUCCGACGGAGAGCUGUUACUGGUGGUUGGUGGGGGAGCAGCUGGAGUGUAUGGAGCCAUUAGAGCUAAGUCCUUGGCGCCUCAUCUGAAUGUUCUAGUUGUGGAGAAAGGAAAGCUUCUGUCCAAGGUGAAAAUAUCUGGAGGAGGAAGAUGCAACGUCACGAACGGGCAUUGUCCAGACACCAAGAUUUUGGCAGAACAUUAUCCUAGAGGUCAUAGAGAGCUAAGAGGGUCUUUCUUCAACACUCAUGGCCCAGGAGACACCAUGUCGUGGUUUACUGAUCAUGGGGUGGCACUGAAGACUGAGGAAGAUGGCAGAGUGUUUCCUAUCACCAACAACUCAUCCUCAAUAGUAGAUUGUCUUCUGUCUGAGGCAAGAGAAAGAGGAGUUUCUCUGCAGACAGGAAAAACUGUUACUAGUGUAUCUGCUGGAGUCCAAGGAAAGUUUCUUCUGAAGGUUGAAAAACGCAGUGUUGAUUUUCUUGAAUAUUUAGAAGCUGACUAUUUACUGAUUGCAAGCGGCGGUAGCCGUCAGGGUUAUGAUCUUGCAGUUCAGCUUGGUCAUUUAAUUGUAGAUGGCGUCCCAAGCUUAUUUACUUUCAAGAUUAAGGAUCCACUACUGUCAGAGUUGUCAGGGGUCACAUUUCUUAAGGUUGAAGCGUCCUUGAUACUGGAAAGUGACAAGAAGAAUAUCCCGCACCUUACCCAGCUAGGCCCAAUGCUGGUUACACACUGGGGACUCAGUGGUCCUGUUAUUCUUCGACUGUCUGCAUGGGGCGCUCGGGAUCUGUUCAGAGCUGGUUACAGAGCGCUGCUUGUGGUGGAUUUUGUACCUGAUCUGCACAUUGAGGAUAUGAAGUCUAUCCUUAGUCAACAAAAGCAUAAAUUCGCGAAACAAAAAGUGCUUAAUUCCUACCCAUCAGAAUUCGGGAUUGUGAAGAGAUUUUGGAAAUAUAUGCUCGAUCGUGAGGGUCUGAAUUGUGAUACCUUGUGGGCAUCCGUAUCAAAUAAUUCCUUAAAUUCUGUAGCAUAUCUGUUGAAGCAUUGCGCAUUUGAAGUAGUAGGAAAGGGUCAGUACAAGGACGAAUUUGUCACUGCUGGAGGUGUUCCCUUAUCCGAGAUUUCAUUGAAGACAAUGGAAAGCAAGAUGCGCCCAAAUCUCUUCUUUGCUGGAGAGGUAUUGAAUGUCGAUGGGGUGACUGGUGGUUUUAACUUUCAGAAUGCAUGGUCCGGUGGCUACAUUGCCGGAACAACCAUCGGUGAACUGGCAGCUAAAGCAGUUUGCUGAGCCCCUACAAGAAGGCUUGGGAGAGUUGUAGGUGUUGAUGUCAUUGGACAAGGGAAGUAGGGAACAUGUCUCCUGCUAUUACAUGAGUGAUUAGUCCAUAGGUUCCCUUGUCCUUCAAAAAUCAAAGGAUUUAUUUACCAAUUUCUCAUUGUAAUAUACUAGGGGUCGUUUGGAUGAGGAAUUCUAAUGGAUCAAUCUGACACAAUUGUCUCGUUUUGAGUCAAUUGUGCUAGAUUGAUUCGUUUGCCAGCAGAAAUUUUGGAUGAAGCAAUUUGGGCUGGGGAAUUCUGAAUUGACUCAUUUUGAGCCAAUUACAAUUGUCUGGGGUGGGGGCAGGUAAUCUGAAUUGACUUGUUUUGUACAAUGAAACAAUUGGUCAAAUUGUCUCGUUUUACAAUUGAUCCAUCCAAACGACAUGUCUCAAGUUCUCUUAUUUCGUAGUAACUUUGAAUGUUCGCAUUAGGAUUUUUGUUUUAAAGGGAAAAAACUUUGUAAUCUAGUCAAACGAAAUUAUCAGUUCCCUUGUUGAUCGGUGUAAUAUGAUUGACUAACCACAUAACUAAUUGUUUUUCCCAUGCUAAAUCCAAAUUGGAUUGAAUGUCAAAAGUUAGGGACCAAUAAUAGCUUACCUAAUUAAAUAACAUCAUCUACAGUCGCUGGUUGAAAAGACUCCUCUUUGGCUUGCCCGACAAACAACCUUCCACUUCUUUGCCAUCUCUCUAUUAGAAAAUGAAAAUCACCUUAGCAA